AUGUCUUCCCAAAACAUCCUCCUCUUCGGCGCCACAGGCGCCAUUGGCACCUUCAUCCUAAACGCAAUCCUCGCCCAACGCUCCCAAUUCGGCCGCAUUGCCAUCUUCACCUCUCAGCGCACUGCAGAGACCAAGGGGGAACACCUCAAGAAGCAAGGCGUGGAGGUAAUCAUCGGUGAUCUUGAAGAUGAAAAUGCCGUUAAGACUGCUUAUGAAGGAAUAACAACCGUCAUCUCGGCCCUAGGCCGCAACACCCUCGCCCACCAAAUCCCCCUAAUCCGCCUCGCCGCCGCCAGUCCAUCCGUGAAAUGGUUCUUCCCAUCCGAAUACGGCACAGACAUCGCCUACAGUCCCGCCUCGAUCCACGAAAAGCCCCACCAACAGAAACUCAGAGUGCGCGCUGUCCUGGAGAAUGAAAUCUCCCGCCAUGAUUUGGAUUACUCGUAUGUUGUUACGGGUCCAUUCGCCGAGAUGUAUUUGCAUUUCUCGCCUGGUUUGGAGGAGGCUGGUGGGUGGGAUGUUAAGACCAGAAGGGCGGUGCUUUUGGGAGCGCGGGGGAGGAGAGGGUUAGGUGUUUCGUUCUUUUGGAUCUGUUUGGCUAAUGUGGGCAUUCUACUUCUACUUUAUAACAGUGUGGGUACAUUCGUCGUAUCUACUCUCCUCCACGCAACCCCGAAAACACGCAAUCGCCCACUCUGCGUCAAUUCAUUCACGACCAGCCAAGCUGAGAUCCAGGCUCUAUUUGAGCGCCACGUGCCAGGACCCUGGGAUGUCUCGUAUACAUCGCUGGAGCGCCUGCGCGAGUUGGAAGAUGAGGCGUGGGGUGCUGGGAAUCCUUUGGCGACGUUGGUGACACUCCGACGCAUCUGGACCGAAGGUGGUACGCUCUAUGAGAAGAGAGCGAACGGCUUGAUUGGGGAGCCGAAGACAACGUCCCUGGAGGAGAUUAUUGCUAGGGAAGUUCGUGGGUCUAGUAGCUUAUAA